ACUGUCGUCGUUCGGAUGGUCUAUACGGUGCGCAGUUCUCCGACGACCGACGCUACGUUUCGAGCUCAUCAGCAGUCGUUAUAAUAGUAUAAAAUAUACCUAGUCAAAUUCUGUUCAGCCGCACACCAACCACUCGUGUCUUGCAUCAUGGUGUAUAAAAUGCGAGCUCGUGGGUUUUUACCUCCGUAUUAAAAACACAUAAAUAAGUUUAUGAUAAUAUAAUUGUUUUCUCCAAUUUUAAUCGUUGAGUUUAUAACUUACACAUGUUUUAUAACAUACUACUACAGUGAUCAACGGCAAAAUCCAAAGACGACUGCUACCGCAUAAUUACUGCUCAAAAUCCAACGCAAUUUGGACAUAGAUACCAACGUACGACAUCGAAUUAAGUACAUCAUGUUUCCAGCGGCCGUCAUAAUCGUAUUAUGUUGUAUAGUAGUGGUACUACUCCUUUAUAGCUAUUCGACAUCCACGUACAAAUAUUGGAAGACGAAGUCGGUGAUUUUUGCCACACCCGUACCACUAUUCGGAAAUAUUAAAGACCAAGUGACGCUAAAAAUGACCCAGGGCGAGUGCUUGAAAAAUAUUUACAAUGAUUUUCCUCGUGAAAAGUAUGUGGGUAUAUACCAGUUACAAACGCCGACAUUAUUGCUCCGUGACCCAGAAAUCAUUCGGUCGUUUUUGGUGAAGAACUUCACACAUUUCACGGACAGAGGAUUCUCGUACGACGGUCACAGAGAACCGUUGACUAAACAUCUUGUCAAUUUAGAGGGUGACACGUGGAAAACUCUACGACAAAAGCUCAGCCCUACGUUCAGCUCUGGUAAAAUUAAAAAUAUGUUAGGAAUGUUACAAGGAUGUGGAGUGCAACUUAUUGAAUACAUGGAAGCAACCAUCAAUUCUGGAAAGACGGAAUUCGAAAUUCGUGAUCUAACAGCCAAAUUCACUACGGACGUGAUUGGCACAUGCGCGUUUGGACUGGAAUGCAAUUCACUGAAAGACUCGCAAUCCGAAUUCAGAAGGAUGGGAUGUGCGGUGCUCAAUUCUUCUCCGUCUUUAGCAUUGGCUAAAAUAGUCCGAGUAUUCUUCCCAAAACUUUUCAAGGCGUUGAAACUCCGUACGUUCCCAGCCGAAGUACAACAAUUUUUCUUGGGCAUCGUAAAGCAGACAAUUGACUUCCGAAACACUAACCAAGUGCGCCGGAAUGACUUUAUACAGCUGUUGCUUGAAAUUAAAGAUCAAAAUCAACAUCAAGAAAACGCGAUUGGUUCAAUUAAACUGACUGAAGAGCUGAUCGCCGCUCAAGUAUUCGUGUUUUUCUUGGCCGGCUUCGAGACGUCCUCCACGACACUGAGUUUUUGCUUGCACGAGAUGGCCGUCAACCAAGACAUACAAAACAGAGUAUACGAAGAAAUAAACGAGACAGCCGAAAAGUAUGGACUGCCCUUCUCUUAUGAAGCAAUCGCGUCGAUGAACUACUUAGAACAAUGUCUGAAAGAAACGAUGAGAAAAUAUCCACCUGUACAGGCGUUGGUCCGAGUGUGCACCAAACAGUUCCGGGUUCCCGGCACAGAAUUAGACCUGGAUGUGGGCACGGCCGUACUAAUACCAGUGUACGCGAUACAUCACGAUCCACAGUACUAUCCGGAACCAGACACGUUCAAUCCGGAUCGGUUCGCCAAAGACUGCAACGGAGGCGGUGGAGACAACGGGAGACCCGCUGGAGUUUAUCUACCGUUCGGCGAUGGCCCGCGCAUAUGCAUAGGUAUGCGAUUUGCCAUGUUAGAAAUGAAACUGGCAUUGGCUCAGUUCUUGCAUAGCUACCUGGUGACGUUGAGCGACAAAUCCUGUGCGCGCAUCGAAUUCGAACCUGCGUCAUUCCUGUCAUGCCCGAAAGGCGGCAUAUGGUUGAACGUCAAUAAACGAACACAUUGAGACCGCACCGCAUUGACCGAGAUUUUUAUAUUAGAUACCUAGAUGUCAUUUGAUUACGUGUAAUUUUAAAUAAACCUAUUAUAUAAUAAAUUAUAUAUUUUAAACUUUAACUUUAUUUUGUACAAUUUUUAUACAUAUAUAAUACAAUAUAUUUAUAUAUUGAUAAUUAAUAUAUUAUUUUUUAUUACCUAUUAAUAAUAAAAUAUAAUAAUAUUAUCAAGUUA